UUGCCGGCCACCCAGGUCUAUGGAUGCAUCUACUUUUAAGUUAAAGAAAAUGACAAUUUCUUUCUUACAAGGCUCACAUUUAUAGUUGGUUUUUUCUAAGCUGCAAGCAAUCUAACCAAGGUUUUAUUUGUAAUUUUAUUCAACUUGUCUUAGACAUUAUAUUAUGAAGAAAAUAGAAGGCAGAAAAUUAAUAUUUGUUGAGAGUGUAGACUGGUGCCCUGGCAAAAUCGAAAAAAUUCAUAUAUAUAUAUGAACAUAUAAUCUGCCUCUCAAACAAGACCAAAGCAACCUGUGUUUUGUGCAAUGGAGUUGUGGACAAUUCCCAGAAAAUUUCUGGUGAUGGAUGCUGUGGUAGUAAUUGGUGUUUUGCUAUUUCUUUGUACAAGUGGAGUUGAUAGCAGAAUAAGUACUGAAUUGGAAUAUCUAGCUAUAAGUUGCAGAGCUCAUGAGGCAUCAUUGGUAGAUUUUGGAGGGGUUUGUGAUGGAGAAACUUCGAACACUAAAGUUUUUCAAGCAGCAAUUGAUCAUCUGAGCCAGUUCUCAUCAGAUGGUGGAUCCCAACUGUAUGUUCCUCCAGGAAGAUGGUUAACUGGAAGUUUCAAUCUCACAAGUCAUUUCACUCUCUUCCUUGACAAGGAUGCUGUUCUAGUUGCCUCUCAGGAUGAGAGUGAAUGGCCUGUGAUUGAACCAUUGCCAUCCUACGGCAGAGGAAGGGAUACAGAAGGUGGAAGAUACAGCAGUCUCAUUUUCGGAACCAACCUUACUGAUGUUGUAAUAACAGGUGCCAAUGCCACAAUUGAUGGUCAAGGUGAUCUCUGGUGGAAAAAAUUUCGCAAUGGAGAAUUGAACUACACCAGGCCUUACCUGAUAGAAAUCAUCUACUCCAACAACAUUCAGAUAUCCAAUCUUACAUUGAUGAACUCUCCUUCAUGGAAUGUACAUCCUGUUUAUAGCAGCAAUGUUUUUGCACAAGGCUUAACAAUUCUUGCACCAGUGACUUCUCCAAAUACUGAUGGGAUCAAUCCAGACUCGUGCACCAACACCAGAAUUGAGGACUGUUACAUUGUCUCUGGAGAUGAUUGUGUGGCUGUUAAGAGCGGCUGGGAUGAGUAUGGUAUUGCGUUUGGGAUGCCUACCAAGCAGCUUGUAAUCAGAAGGCUCACUUGCAUUUCUCCAUUCAGUGCAGCAAUUGCACUGGGAAGUGAGAUGUCAGGGGGCAUUCAAGAUGUCAGGGCAGAAGAUAUCACAGCUAUCGAUACAGAAUCAGGUGUUAGGAUCAAAACUUCUGUGGGAAGAGGAGGUUAUGUAAAGGAGAUAUAUGUGAGAAGGAUGACAAUGAAAACAAUGAAAUGGGUGUUUUGGAUGACAGGAAAUUAUGGCUCUCAUCCUGACAAUAACUAUGAUCCUAAUGCAAUUCCUGAGAUUAAAAAUAUCAACUAUCAUGACAUGGUUGCCGAGAAUGUAACAAUGGCAGCUAGACUGGAGGGCAUUGCUGGUGACCCGUUCACUGGAAUCUGCAUAUCUAAUGUCACCAUUGGGCUCACACAAAAACCAAAGAAGCUUCAAUGGAAUUGCACUGAAAUUGCAGGGAUUUCGAGUGGUGUGACACCAAAACCAUGUGAUCUGCUCCCAGACCAGGGGCCAGGGGACAUUGCAUCGUGCAAUUUUCCUGAAGAUAGCCUGCCAAUAGAGAGUAUUGAGGUAAAGAUGUGCUCUUCCAGUAGAAGGAAUUUGUGACUGGGAACUAAGUUUCUGUACAGGGCAACAUAUUCUCUGUAUGUACUAUUAACAAUUUAGUGUGAACUUAGUCCACACAGUAUACGAGACCAUUACAAUGAUCUCAAGAUAUACCCACAAAUCUCCAUUAGAAUAAAGAAAGAUAGUUGCUUAGUUCAAAACAUUAAAACAUAUGGAAAACUAUAAUCAAGCACCAAGGUUAGAUUGUUUUUCUUUGGAAUA